CUCGGCUGUUUAUUUCCGGUGACAGGCGGAAGAGGUAGCAGGAGCUUGUGGAGGUGACCGACCGAAUGGCAGAUAGCAAAAUAAUUUUGGGAACACGGAAUUAGUGCGAAACAUAAGCAAACAGAAACCAUUGUUUCUAAUUAAAGGUGCACAAAUAUCGUCGGUGCCAUGGGAGCCCACCUGGUCAGGCGGUAUAUCACCGAAAGGGACACCGAGCCGGACCCAGCCAAGAAAUUUGAGUUCGACCCCCAUUUCGGCUUCGGAGAGAGGAAAGAGAGAGAGAUGAUAGCGACCCAGGAGCAAAUGAACAUGGCCCAGCUGCCAGUGGAGCAGAGGGACUACUGUGCUCAUUACCUCCUGAAACUCAUGAAGUGCAAGAGGGACAACUGGCCCAACUUCUUGGCCUGUAACCACGAGAAACAUGACUGGGAUUACUGCCAGCACCAGGAUUAUGUGAUGCGCAUGAAGGAGUACGAGAGGGAGAGGAGGCUCCAGCUGAGGAAGAAGAGAAUCGAGUCUCAGGCUGCAUGAAAAGUACAUCAUCUGAUUCUACUUCUUUGUACAUACCUGCUACUAUUAACAUUAAACAAAACUGUUUAAGUUCUACAAA